AGCGAACGCGAUCAAACCUCCCAGGUGUGUGAGUGUCAGUGUGUGUUCCAAUCACACCUGUGUGCAUCAUGUGAUCAGGGCGUGGAGCGAGUAUACAGUCUGUUAUUCUAUAACCCGGAGUCACAGAUCUCUCCGCGAGCGAGCUGAGAGUAGCACGUGAACUUUCCGUGCACGGACACCGGGAAUAUUCGUCUGGGUUUGAAAGGGAAUCCGAUAUCUGGACGCUGCAACUACUGUGCUGCCAAGGUAUAUUGAGAGAGGAGACACAAAAUUAUAGUAAGAAGAGGGGGAACAGGACCUGGAAAUUACAUGAGCCAGUCUCUAACUCACCAUCACCACCACGCAACAUGUUGGAGCAUGUACAUGACCCGCCAGGCCACGUCUCCAUCAGUUGAGUCCUAAAUUAAUGAACCAAGUUGCUACAAACCAUUAAAACACAGUAAACGGCCACAGAAAUGGCGAGCUGGUUACCGGUGGUCCUACUGGUGCUACAUGUGACCAUUGCUUUCUCAGAGGAACCCAUACACGAGUUUUCCACAGACACGCCCAUCAAUAACGCGGUACAGGACCCUUACACGGGGCGUGUUUACCUGGGUGCGGUCAAUGCCAUUUAUCAGUUGGACUCUUCUCUACACCUGGAAGCCAGGGCUGAAACAGGGCCAAAGAAGGAUGCGAGGGGUUGUACACCACCUGUGUCUACCUGUCAGGACCUUAAAGACACUAAUAACACCAAUAAACUCUUGCUAGUUCAUUCGGCGAAUGAGUCAUUGAUAGUUUGUGGGAGUUUAUAUCGAGGAAUAUGCUCUCUGCUAAACCUCACCAAUGUCAAAGAGCAGAUAUACUACAGCGACAGUAAAGGCGAGCGGACCUACGCCACUAGCACCGAGGAGCACGUUUCCGUGGUUGGCGUCAUGGCCACACUUGAAAUUGAUGAUAAACCAUUCAGCGUCUUUUUAGUUGGGAAGGGCUACGGAAGCAUGGACAGCUCGAAACUCAUCAGCACCAGAAUCACGCAGAAUUAUCGUGAAUGGGUUGUGUUCGAAAGCAUAAUUGAGGCUUCAACUGUCCAAGCUGUCCCGUUUUUACCCAAAUACCUACACGAUUUCCGAUUUGCAUUCAAAAACGAAGAGUACGUUUACUUUGUUUUUUCGCGCACUCUUGGUGGAACGGACAAUAAAAAUUGUACUUUCAUUUCUCGCCUCUGUGAGAACGACAAUCACUAUUACUCAUACACAGAACUUCAGCUCAACUGUGGCACGAACAAUCGCUACCACAAAGUGCAGGCUGCCUACGUCACUGAGCCGGGAAAAGAGCUGGCCCAUGCUAUGUCCGACUCAGGAGAGUACGGAAAUGUUCUGGCCUGGGAUAAAGUCUUGUUUCUGGUCGCUAGCUCAGAGGAAGGGGGUACGGAGUCAGCUCUGUGUAUGUACCCCCUUAAAAACAUCAACCAGAAGCUGUUGGCCAUCGUUAGCGCUUGUUACAUGGACAACGGCAAGAUUGAUGGCAAAUUAGUUGUGGAGAGUCCUUACACGUCCAGCACUAACGAUCCAUGUGUCAAACACGACAAAGACAUUGUGAACAAAUAUAAGUGUGGAGCCGAUUUUCUCCCAUCUCCAUUGGCCAGCCGGCAGGAGUUUGCCUUGAGGGCCAAUCCCAUCUUUAUCAGACAGAACCUGUUGACCGCAGUGGCUGUAGCUGUGGAGAAUGACCACACCAUUGCGUUUCUGGGACACAAUGCAGGAGAGGUAAUUAAGGUACAUUUGUCAAGUCAGCCAGAGGCGUACAACCCCGGACCCGGCUACAAAACCAGUGGCUACGUAAACAAGAACCUUUUCUUUGACAAAACCCAGACGCACUUGUACAUCACCACAGAGAAAAAGAUCACUAAGGUGCCCGUUCAGGCCUGCCAUCUGAAGACAGACUGCCAGUCGUGUGUGGCACAGAGAGAUCCGUAUUGUGGCUGGUGUGUACUGGAGGGAAGAUGUACCAGGAGAUCGGCGUGCAGCCGUGCGGAGGAAAAGAACGGUUGGCUGUGGAGUCCAAACCAACAGUGUGUGAAAAUCGUGUCUUUCCACCCGCCGAAUCUCAGCUGCUUGAAGUCCCAGCAGGUUGAGAUAAACGUCCGAGCGCUGCCGAUCCUCAAAGAUUCCGACCGUAUCAACUGCGUCUUCGGCUCUUAUCACAGUAACGGCAGGAUGGUGGACGGACGAGUCAGUUGCCGCUUACCUGAGCAGCAUCUCAUACCGCCCACACCUGAGCAACAAGAUUACGUGGCUGUCCCGGUCAAGAUCGUUGUGAACGGCAGCGUGGAGGUCGCGUCCAGUGAAUACAAGUUCUACAAUUGCGCAGCUGCAGUUCACAAAGCAGAAAAUACGCCUUGCACUUCCUGUGUAAGCAGCAAUUGGGGAUGCCAGUGGAACAUUGCGGCCCACACCUGCACAGAUUGGAACGAUGCAGAAACCGGGGUUAAUAUAGUCAAACCCAGACAGGUCAAGAGCUGCCCACGGUUCGAGAAUCCAGAUCCUGUCCUUAUUCCGGUCGGUUACAAAACACGAAUCAGUUUCGAGGGCAUUAAUUUGGACCCAUACAAGGGCCGCGAUUUCACCAUCGGAACGGAGCUGAUGAAGUUCGAGGAAGAUGUGAAGACAGAAACGGGGCCCUUCUACUCUUUUAGUGGAUAUGAGUUUUCCUUUGAUAAAGCUCACGAGACCAGCAUUCUGUUCCAUGUACGGGAUAAAUAUACCGGAAAGAAGAUAGACAGCAGUCUUAAUGUCACUCUGUAUAACUGCUCUCUGGGACGUGAAGACUGCAGCCUGUGUAAAAAUGCCGACCCGAAAUAUCAGUGUGUUUGGUGCACACAGACCAGCUCCUGUGUGUACGACCAGCUCUGUGCUUCUAAAGAGCCCGAGGAGUGUCCCGACCCUCAGAUCACUGAUAUCACGCCGAGAUACGGGCCACUGAAAGGGGGAAUUGCGGUCACUAUUAAGGGCUCGAACCUAGGAAUUCAGAGAGGGGACAUUAGAAACAUCACGGUAGCUGGAGUGUCGUGCAGACACCUGGGGGAACGGUACUCUGUCUCAACCAGUGUGGUGUGCGAAAUCGGUCCGGCAAAUCGUUACAAAACUGGCGAGGUGGAGAUAGAGGUGGGCAGUGGAAAAAAAGGAGUGUCCACUAAACAUGUCCAGUUUACCUACAGGGAUCCCAUAGCAAAGACUGUGUCCCCUGAUCGGGGUCCUAAAGUGGGUGGAACUAUCCUCACCGUCACUGGGAUUGGCCUGAACACAGCUUCUAAAGAAGAUCUUCACAUCACCGUGGGUGACGUGCUCUGCAGAGUUGAGACAUUUGGAGAUCAGAUCACCUGUAAAUUGGCUGAGUAUCUUGGCGAUACAGUUCCAUCAGCCCGCCUCACCGUUAGGGUUCAUUACGGCAGACACACCUCGACUGAUGUCCAUACAGCCUUUCAGUUCUCCAACAACCCAUCUGUGUCUGACCAUCAGCCCAGGAGCAGCUUCAUCUGUGGUGGCAGAAAAAUCUUGGUGGUCGGUUCUGGAUUUGACGUGGUCCAGAAGGCCACUAUCAGGGUUGUGGCAUCUGCAGGAGAAUGGUCUGGACAGACUGCCCCAGUUGAGUUUGUAGAGGGUUCGAUAUCUAAAAAUGACACGGUAAUCAUGUUCGUGUCACCUGCAGUCAGCCAGACGAACGAGUCUCAGUUCUUCAGGACAUAUGUUCAGCUUGAUAACCUCCAAAGUGAGCUGACUCCGUUUGAGUAUCACCCUGACCCUGUCUUCGAUCCGCUCAGCAAAAAUGUUAUCACUGAAAACAGUAUGAUUAUCGUCACUGGUCGUGGUUUUUCUAAAGCGAUGACGGCGAAGGAGGCGCAGGCGUUUGUGGGUGAUGUUCAGUGUAACGUGAACACACUACAGGAUGAUAAAUUAUUCCUUGAUCCGCCCUCAACUGCACCAAGAGCUCGAUCCAAAAGACAGAGGCGAGACACCAGUUCGGAACCUCUGGACCUGCUGAUUAAGUUUGGGAAUGGCGAGUGGGUGGUGGGCUCCGUUCAGUAUGAGAGGAAGUACAUUCUUCCAUUGCCAAUCAUCAUCCCAGCGGUGGUGUUUCCCAUGCUGCUGAUUAUCGCCAUCUCUGUCGUCUGCUACAGGAGGAAGAGCCAGCAGGCUGAGAGAGAGUACGAGAAAGUCAAACAUCAGCUGGAGAAUUUGGAGGAAAGUGUUCGGGACCGCUGCAAAAAAGAGUUCACAGAUCUGAUGAUUGAAAUGGAGGACCACACUAAUGAUCUGAGCGAAGGCAGGAUCCCAUUCCUCGACUACAAGACCUACACGGACCGGGUCUUCUUCCUGCCUUCUAAAGAUGGCGCCAACGAUGUAAUGAUCACCGGCAAACUGGAUAUCCCAGAAUCUCGCAGGGCUACAGUAACCCAAGCGCUGAACCAGUUCUCCAAUCUGCUCAACAGCAAAACGUUCCUCAUCAAUUUUAUCAGAACGCUUGAGGGGCGUCCAGAUUUUAACGCCAGGGCCAAAGUGUAUUUUGCAUCUCUACUUACUGUAGCGCUUCACGGUAAGCUGGAGUAUUACACAGAUAUCAUGAGGACACUUCUGCUGGGUCUCAUGGAGGAAUACGUUCACAGCAAGAACCCCAAACUGCUACUACGCAGGUCUGAAACAGUGGUGGAGAGAAUGCUGAGUAACUGGAUGUCUAUCUGUCUCUAUCAGUACUUAAAGGACACUGCUGGAGAGCCGCUGUACAAACUCUUCAGGGCUAUUAAACACCAGAUUGAAAAAGGGCCAGUGGACGCUCAGGUCAAGAAAGCGAAAUACACACUGAAUGACACGGGCCUGCUCGGAGACGACGUGGAGUACAGCAUACUGACGCUGCAGGUGCUGGUGCAGGGGGAGGGGCCUGACAUCACGCCAGUAAAGGUGCUGAACUGUGACACCAUCUCUCAGGUGAAGGAGAAAAUCCUCGAGCAGGUGUACAAAAACCUGCCGUACUCUCAGAGACCCAAAGUAGACAGCGUUACACUCGAGUGGCGUCCCGGCUCUACAGGGCAGAUUCUGUCUGAUCUGGACGUGACAUCACAGAAGGAGGGCAAAUGGAGACACAUCAACACAUUGGCACAUUAUAAUGUACGAGAUAACGCAACACUGGUCCUCUCCAGAGUUCAACACACGCAACAGUCAUACGACCAAAAUCAUGACAACCAUGAAGAGAGAAAUGCCCUGUUGGAGGAUGAUAAAGUUUUUCACCUUGUUCGACCAGCGGAUGAGCUGGAUGAGAUGAAAUCUAAGAGAGGAAGUAUAAAGGACAAAUCCAUGACCAAAGCCAUCACAGAGAUCUAUCUCACCAGACUGCUCUCCGUCAAGGGUACGCUGCAGCAAUUCGUGGACGAUUUAUUUAGCAGCGUUCUCUGUUCAGGUGCCACGGUCCCGCCGGCUGUUAAAUACUUUUUUGACUUCCUGGAUGAGCAAGCGCUGAGACAUGAGAACGUAGAUGAAGAAACCAUACACAUCUGGAAGACCAACAGUUUACCGCUGCGUUUUUGGGUGAACAUUCUGAAAAAUCCUCACUUUAUUUUCGACGUGCAUGUGAGUGAGGUUGUGGAUGCCUCUCUGUCUGUCAUCGCCCAGACCUUUAUGGACGCUUGUACGAAAACAGAGCACAAACUCAGUCGGGACUCUCCCAGCAACAAGUUACUCUAUGCAAAGGAGAUCUCCACCUACAAACGGAUGGUGGACGAGUACUAUAAAGGAGUUCGGCAGAUGGUGCCCGUCAGUGACCAGGAGAUGAACACACAUCUGGCUGAAGUGUCUCGGGCACACACAGAGAAACUGAACACACAGGUGGCACUUCACCAGCUCUACCGGUACGCCAGUAAAUACUACGAUGGGAUAAUAAUGUCUCUGGAGGAGGACCCUGCUGCUCAGAGUAAACAGUUAACUCUGAGACUGCAACAGAUCGCAGCAGCACUUGAGAACAAAGUCACUGACCUUUAACCCUGCCAGCGGACAACAGAGAGAGAGAGAGAAAAUGUGUGUAUGAACACACUGCGUGUGUAUUUAGCAUAUAACUAUAAUCAGAUGUUCAAUUUUUUUCCUGUGUAGAGAGAAAAAGGUUUUAAGAAUUGUAUUCUAUAUAUUUUUUAAUGUGCAGUCUUUAUAAGAGGAAAAUAACUUUUUAAAUAGACGGCCUUGUGUCAAUUCUGUGUAAGAGCGUGUUUGCGUGUGUGUGUGUGUGCGCGCGUGCAACAGGUUGCCUAUAUUUUGACCAAAAGGGAUCCGCCCAGUGUCACUGGUAGAAUCCUGCAGCGUAUGUAUGCGGGGGAGGAGCCUACAGUGAGGUCAUAUCUGGUAUCGACCAACCAAAACUGCUGAAAGUGACAUCAUCUCAGAAAAAAAGUUAAAUAAAAUAGAUUGCAGUGGAUACUGCACAGUAUGCAGUACACUAGUAUUCCAAUUUCGAGCAUAGCCAAUAACACGAUCAGAGACAUUCUGUUUCAUAAGCUUCAAUUUUAAUUCAGCUACAUCUGCUAAAUCAACUAGCAGACCCACAGAUAAUCAACGCGGGCAAUAACAAAUAAAAUUUGUCGUUAUAAGGCAUUUAAUUUUUACAAAUGUGAAAUAUUGUUAUUUCCAAAGUUGUGUUCUUCAGAAUUGAGUUUAAUUGUGAAAGGUCGAUACUGACUGAAUUUAUUACGUAUCGCACAAAUUGUUGAUAUCUUAUGGCUGAUGUAUACUUCGGUUUUCUGCGAACUGCUACAUCUCAUUUACAGUGUACGUGAUGCAGAUUUCGUCAUCAGCACAGUAUGCGCGGACUGCAUGCAUGCACGCACCCCAGUUUUUCUAGACACACGGACUAUCCAUGUCUUUGCUCAUCGUCAGCGCAUGCACCUGCAGUUGACUAUACUAAAAAUAUCGCAAAGCAGUCGUAGUGCUCAUGCAUUGAACGCAUCUGUACGGGCUCGCAGUCAAAAGAGUAUACUUUGAAAAGCUAGAAUGCUCGACCGUGCGUGAGACGUAACUGACCACGGAAAAACGAAGUAUACCCUAGACUUUAGUGUGGAUGUGGCUGAAGACUUCAUAACUUUUUAUUUCAAUUCAGCUACAUGGACCAACGAACAGACACACAAAUAAUCAACGCAGGCAAAAACGAAUAAAAAAUUGUCACUGUAAGGCAUUUCAUUUUUAAGUAUGAUGGCACCUGUGAAAAAUCUUUAUUUUCAGUGUUGUGUUAUUUUAGAAAGGUGUUUAAUUGUGAAAGGUUGAUACUGACGGAAUUGAUUGCGAAUGGCACAAAUUAUACUUCGGUUGUCCGCGAGCUGCUAAGUCUCGCACACGGUGCGCGUGACGCAAAUUUUGUCAUCAGCACAGGACCAACGAGAAUACUCACAAAUAUUCAACGCAGGCAAUAACGAAUAAAGGCAAUUCAUUUUUACGUAUGAUGUUACCUGUGAAGUCUUUAUUUCCAGAGUUAUGUUAUUUCAAAAAGUUGUUUUAAUACUGAAAGGUUCAGUACUAACUGAAUUUAUUACAUACAGCACUAUUUGUCUUAAAAGGCCAAAGUAUACUUUGGUUUUCCACGUGCCGCUAGCACGUGAUUGAAAUUAUGUCGUCUGCACAGUACACACAUACUGUCUGUGUGCAGCCCAGUUUUUCAAGACACGUGGACAGUGCGCAUCUUUGCACGUCGUCGCGCAUGCACCUGCCGUUGACUAUUAAGGAGUAUUGCGCAGCAAUCUUAGUGUGCAUGCGUUAAAUGCUUUUGUACGGCCUCACUGUCAAAAGAGUAUACUUUUUCAUUUCAGCUACAUGGACCAACUAGCAGACUUACAGAUAAUCAUAUAAGGCAAUAACUAAUAAAUAAUAUUCAUUAUAAGGCCUUUCAGUUUUAUGUACUAUGAUGGUAUGUGUGAAAAGUCUUUAUUUCUAGAGUUGUGAUAGGUUCGAUACUGACUGUAUUUAUUACGUACGACACAAAUUGUCGAUGUACUGAACAAAUGACAUGUUUCAAGGCCAAAAUAUCCUCUGUACUACAGAGUAUCACAACGCAGACGUAGUGCGCAUGCAUCGAACACAUCCAUAUGGGCUCUCAGUCCAAAAGAGUAUACUUUGAAAAGCUAGAGUGCUUGACCGUGCGUGAAACGUAACGGAACGUGGAAAAACGAAGAAUAGCCUACACUUUAGUGUGGACGUGCCCUAAGACUUCAUAACCUUUUAUUUCAAUUCAGCUACAUGGACCAACUAGCAGACCCACAAAUAAUCAAUAACGGCAAUAACGAAUAAAAAAUUGUCAUUGUAAGGCAUUUCAUUUUUAUGUAUGAUGGCACCUGUGAAAACUCUUAACAGCACGCGGACAACAAAGUAUAUUCUAGCGUUUAGAGACAAUUAUGCAAGUGAUGUUGAGAAAUUACAGAAACAUUUUGUGUAAUUUGACACUUUCUGGCCUCAAAUCUUGGAGUUUUUCUUUCGUUAGAAUGGUUUCACUGUGAUAUCUAGAACGUUAAUGGUUUUUACUUUGGCAGGAAGGAUCAUGACAAACUAAUUUGUCUGAGGCACUUAACAAGAUGUUGUUGUAGAACCGAGAAAGAAUUCUGCUCUGAAACCUAUUCAAACCAGAUAUAUUUUUUUUCAUUUACAUUAUUUCUGCAACAUCUACAGUACCAGUUAAAAGAUUCUGAACAGUAUUGAAGGAGUUCCCUUGUAGACUGGCACUUACUUCUUCACUAUCCUGCCCAAGUCAUCUGUUAAAAAAAUACGUAAUUAAAUUUUUUUUUUUUUUUUUUGGUAGAGAAAUUCAUAAGUAAGUGAAAUUAUAUUUGCCUAAACUUUUGACUGGUAGUGUUUGAGCGUCUUCAACAGGUUUUCUGUAAAUGUGUCCCACUGGGUUUUUAGAUCAGUAAAUUUCAUGAUCUCACUGAUCUGAGAACAUUUUUUUGUGUUUUUGUGAAUAUCAGGAUUUAGGUUACAGGGACCUGAUUUCAGAACCGUUGAUGUCUGUAAUUUCUGUCAAUCCCCUCAUUUCGAUUGACAGCACGGCUUCAUGGUAACAAAUGGCUUGCGAUGUCGGACGCUGGGAUUCCUUCUCUUUGAACGCAGCUAGGGUGCUUUAAAAGUUGGGCCAUGCUGCUUGGCGUGAAGCGUCUUGGCACGACCCCCCCUCUUCCCCUCCACUUUAAUAAAACCAGCGGGAGCUUCGUUUGAUCGUAACUGCAUGCGUAAUGCUGACUCCUGCUUUCAAAUCCACUCUUUUCCCUUUCUCUUUAAUUUAAAGGUAUAGUUCCCCAAAAAUGAAAAUUCUGACAUUUUUACUCGCCUGCCUUUCGUUCAAAACACGCAUACUGUUAUUUUUGCGUGGAACACAAAAGGAGACAUUUUCAAAUCACAGCUCUUGCCAUACAAAAAUAACCGCGCACAGGUUUGAAACUACAUGAGGGCGAGUAAAUAAUAACAGAAUUUUCUUUUUUGGGUGAACUACUCUUUUAAAGCACAAGCGAAGAUGCAAGUCUCCGUAGUUGAGUGUGAAAUGCUUCUUUAAGCCUUUCUGUAGCCACAACGUGCCUUAAGGUGUUUAAAUGGGAUUGGUACAGUGAUUCUGAAGAUGUCGAUUUGGGAUUCAAAGGGGGUGGGGGGUAGUUGUUGGGCGUGUAGAGGUCAGAGGUCGUGGCGUAUGUAAAGUGUGGUGUUAACAGUAAGUUAAGUAUUCAGAGAUGUGCUGUAGCCAGAACAUGCCAAUAUAUUUGAACAUGCUGUAUGUUUAGAGCAAAAGCGCAGUUUUUAAUAACGUGCAAAUUUUUUGAGUGUGUGUGUGUGUGUGUGUUUGCUUUUUAGGAGUUUUACUGCAUUGGGAAAACGCUUGAGAAUGUCCAUCUAGACAGCUGCCAUUAUGUUUGGUCUUUAUGCAAAAGAAAUAUUGAUUAGCACACUUUUUUUUAUUACUGUACUGACCCAAAAUUGUGUUUAAUUGAUGUGUAUCAACAAAUAAUCUGUACACAACCUUUUCUUACUGCUGUGCAGUUAAUAUUAUUAUUUUAUGUCCUUAUGAAAAUAUAUGCCUUUGUAUUAAAAAUGCUAAUCUGUCUACACUUGUUCUCCUGUGCAUUAUGCUCUGAGAAAACUCAGUUUGUUGUUGUUUAUAUCUUUCCUUUUACUUGUGAAUGUGUCGAGAGCAAAGCAUUCUGGGACUUCAGACAGAGAACUGCGAAUGGAUUCAGACACUGCAGCUCUCGGAGGACUGAUCAUGCCACCUGGUCCUUUUUUCAAUAAAUAUACACCUUAAUUUCUCAA